AUGGGCGGUACUAUUAAUAAUACUACUCCAAAUGUCGACAAUUCGACUAAUUCAAUUGAUGAAUUCGACUCAUAUUUCAGAGAUUUAGAAGAUGGAGAUGCAAUGGAUAAUAUAGCUGCCACUAAUUUAGAUCUAGAUCUAGAUAAUGAUUUUCUCGAUGUAUAUCAAAUGACUCCCAGACAACGUAUCAUAUUAAAUCUUAAGAAAUCGGCAUACAAUCUACUUAAUAGGUUUUAUUCAUUACCACUAUGGCAACGUAUAAUCUUAGUCAUUUUAGGAAUAAUACAGUUAAUUCUAAUGAUUUUAUUACUCGUAUUCCAUAAUAAAAUCCUAAAUAAACUAGUGGAUGUCUCAAACGAAUUAUCUGAGAAAAAAUCAACACAACCGAUAUUAUUGUUAUUAUUAUUUAUCGUGGCAUUCCCUCCAUUAAUUGGUUAUUCAUUCCUAUCGACCGCUACAGGUUUGCUUUAUGGAGUUACUUUCCAUGGUUGGAUCUUACUAUCCUUUGGAACCGUAUGUGGUUCAGUAGCCUCAUUUACGGCUUUCAAAACUAUAUUACAUUCAAGAGCCGAAAAGUUGGUCCAUGCAAAUAGAAGAUUUGAAGCAUUAGCUUCUAUCUUACAAGAAAAUGAAAGUUAUUGGAUGCUCUCUUUAUUGAGACUUUGUCCUUUCCCAUAUUCCUUUACAAAUGGUGCUAUUGCUGGUAUUUAUGGUAUUUCCAUCAGAAAUUUCACUAUAGCUAAUCUUAUAACAACUCCAAAAGUUUUAAUUUAUUUGUUUAUCGGUUCAAGAAUUAAAAGUAUGGGAGAAUCUGAUUCAACAAGUUCGAGAUUGUUUGACUUCUUAAGUAUCGUGAUAACAAUGUUAGUCUUCAUGUUGACCGCAUGGUUAUUGUAUUAUAAGACAAAAAAAAGAUAUUUAGAACUAAGAAACUUUGAUGGUCAGCAUCAACGUUCAACAACGACUACUACAACAACAACAUCAAUUGUGGCUUCUGAUCCUUCAUUUGAAACUUAA